CUCUAUUCACCCCUUCAAAGUCCUUUUCCUCGAGUCAUACGGUAUCAUGCCCGGGCAACUUGCCCCUAAUGGUCACCGUCUGUUAGGCAGCUUCAUCAAUGUCUGCCGGUUUCUUCGUAUUCCCCUCUCCCUUCGUCUCUUCGACCAUAUGUUCNGCCCAAGUCCACGAGGUGCGCAACCUGAUGCCGGAUGGGUACCAAUUGACUUACCGGGCAACAUGGAAGAGCAUUAUCCCUCUCCAUGUCGGUACGUCGAUUGGCAUUCACUACCACUCUAUCAAGGACCUGGGCGAAUUCUCUAUUCACCCCUUCAAAGUCCUUUUCCUCGAGUCAUACGGUAUCAUGCCCGGGCAACUUGCCCCUAAUGGUCACCGUCUGUUAGGCAGCUUCAUCAAUGUCUGCCGGUUUCUUCGUAUUCCCCUCUCCCUUCGUCUCUUCGACCAUAUGUUCAAUGUCCGGCCCGGGUCCAAGGAAACCCUUGGAUUCGUGGUGGUGUCUUCUCACCAAGGCCGGGCAUUCCUCUGCGGCCUUCCACCUUCUAACAAGAAGUGGAAGGACAAAUACGUUUGUAUCAAAUUCCCCCCGGCUACUUUCCCCUUUGCCCAAAAUGUCUGGGGGAAAAGAAUGAAGCGCCAGGUCAAACCUGCGGAAGCCGACGACCUUGUUGCCUGGGAAGCCACCCUCAAGGCCGGGGAUGCCUCCACCCGCGGUCUUUAUCACGUCGGCAAGUGGAGUGUCUACCCCGGCCGGGAGACUGAUCCUGAGCCGGAGAUUAUCCUGCCCGGGGCCAUCCCCGAAGCUAUCCCCAUCAGCCGGGAGAGGGGAUCCAAAGCCCCGGGAACAACCACCGCCGGUCCUUCACGCCCGGCGAAGAAGAAGGAGAAAGACACCUUCGAGUUCGACAACUUGAUGGGAGAGACCGGCCACACUUCUCAAGCUGGCCAGCAGGUUCAACCCAAUGAGGAAGGCGAAGCCGAGGAGGAAGCUGCUGAAGAAUCCCUUCAGCGGAAAAGGCGGAAGACUGAGGAGGUCGACCAGCCAUCUCAUCAGAGGAGCCAGUCCUCUGAUGCUGGCAAGGGCCCAAUAGUGCCCCGGUCCAAGAUCCUGAUGUCCAGGUCGGACGAAGAGCUCUUCCAAGCCUUUCGAGCUGACCUGAGUGAGGCCGGCCGUAUCGGAGAGGAGUACUUCGCCCGGCUGGUGAAGUCCAAAGAAGAGGAGAUGGCCCGGAUGGAGGCCAUGAUGGUCAAGUGCCGGAAGGAUGCCCAAGCCGCCCGCGCACAGGCAGAGAAGAUCGAGGCCAAAUGGACAGAGCACUGUGCGAUUUAUCGCCAGCUCUACGCCAAACAUGAUGGAUUGCUGAAGGCCGCUAAAGAGGCCGAGGACCAGGCCCAAGAGAAGAUCCAACAGCUAGAGGCCUAGAACGCCCGAUCGGCUGAAGAGAUCGCUCGGCUGGGGGACGAGCUGUCAAAAGAGCAGGCGGAGCGUGCAGCCCUUGCUGCAGCCUGGGCUGGUCAGGAGCCUGAGGAAUUCGCUGCUAAGGCGUUGCCUGACAGGGAGACGGCCAUCCGCUUCUUCCAAGGUCUGUACAAGCACCCAGUAUCGGCCGGCCUUGUGGAUGAGAUAGGGACCUAUGGCUUCGAAAGUGGCCAGUAUUCAGAGCGGAAGGCCCUCUAUGGCAUCCUUGCGUAGAGGAUCCAAGG